GAAAUUCUCAAAGAGUGUGAUGACCGCAAGGUGCUGUUUGACAAUAGGCGUAAUAUCCCAAAAAGCAAGAAAGACAAGCAAGUCCAGGAUCUUCUCAACUUCGUGGAGCAAAUCUCAAAGAAGAACAAUGGAAAACCAUUUAUGGCUGACUUAUCACUUGAGCUAAGGGAGAACGAGGCUACGUUAGAGGAAAAACAAAAGCAGAUUCAAGCAAUGAAGGGUCAGUCGAAACAAGAGAUAGCACAAGUUAAGAAGGAAAUGGAGAAAACUUAUAACGAAAUGCUCGAAGGGAUAAAAGAGAAGAUCGCUAACCAACUGAAGGAAUCACUGAAUGAUGUGAAGGAGCAACUAGCUAAGGCACAAGUAGCGAGAGAAGAAGCCGAGAAAAAGAUGUCUGAAAUGCAUAAGCUAUCUUCUGAUGAGAUCAGGAGGCUGAGAGAUCAACUCAACAACGCUGAGAGAGAAACCGCUAGAUUGCGCAGACAGCAGCGUACACAAAAAUGCUCUGUUCUUUAAUCAUAUAUAAAUGCUAUGCUCUACGAUAUCAUAUGAAUCACUCAAUCAAGAUACCAUAAUGUAUUUCAUAAACAAACAAUAAAACCAAAGUAUGUCUUCA